AUGAAGUCUGUCGACCCGAAAUCCUUGCUGCCAAUCUCGCUGCUGCUGCUGCUGCUCCUCUCCAGCUGCCCAGCGCAACCCCUGAAGGAGCAUCAGGAACGUGAGCAGCGACAGCUCAAGGGUCAAGGCGCCACAACCGAAGCGGAUGUAAAGAUGAUGACUGGGAAUAUGGCCAACAUGACGCCCGGCAUGCAGAUGCCAGGAAUGUCGGGAAUGACUGGACUGUCCAUGAAUCCCAUGGCAAAUAUGCAGCUAGCACGGUAUCCCAACUAUCCAAGCAUGCUUCUUGGCGCCGGUGGAUUAACUGGAUCACCAUUCCUGGGCAUGCCAGGACAGCUUGGCCCGCAAUCGAAUAUUGCCAACAACUAUCCAGCUGAUCCCAGCAUGGGUCUGGGCUUGGGCCUGGGUCUACCUGGUUCUGGCACUAACUUUGGACUGGGACUUGGAGUUGGCUUGGGCGGCUAUCCGGGCAAUCCGCCAAAUGCUGGUUUCAUGUACGGCAAUUCUCAAGGGCUGUAUCCCAACGCUCACCUAGGUCAGGGAUUUGGCGCUCAACCUCCGCUGGACAACUUUGGGCCACUGAAUAAUAUUGUCAAUCAGGCUAAUUUGCCCGGCUUAAGUGGUGCACUCAAUGCAGGAGGACUCUAUGGCCAGCCUGGUGGCCCACUUGGCAUGCCUGGCUACUUUGGCGGUGGUCUCGAUCACAGCAUGAUUAUGCAUAAUUAUGCACCCGCUUUUUGA